AUGAGCACCGAAAAUGAACCAGCCAGCUCUAAUGCGGCACCCUACAGCUUCACUCUCAAGGAUCUGACAGCGUCCACAUGGGUAGAUCACUCUCUUGGCAGAACGGCUUACGGUAUGAAGAAUUCAGGCUUCCAUCGCUGGGGAUUCGUCAUUUACAGGACAACGUACAACGAUGACACGGCUUGCGAACGCUACCUCGAGGCGCUGAAGCUUACUGUACGAUGCAUUCUUGCAGACGAAGGAGGCGACGUGCUUCUUGAGCAGUACAUGGACUGGCUGGUAAUCUCUGAUCAGGCCAUGCUUGAUGGAGCGUCUAAGGCCGACGUACGAAAGCACUUCAGAUCCUGGUGCGCAGCCCGCAGCAAAGAGCGCGAUGGUCCCGGCGCCACUAGAUCUAAGACCAAACGGCUGCCGCGAUUCAGGCACUGUGUGUAUGUAGACCAGAAAUGCCUCGAUACGCUGGCCGCGUUGCCAGCCAACCAAGAUGAUGACCUGGGUGAACUUUCCAAUGUCGUGGCCGUAGUCAUUGAUGGCGCUUUCGACAAGAGGACUCCUGGGGACGAUGAGGGCUCGUACCCCGACAUCGAGGGCUGCACUGAGCGCUACGUGGGCUGGAGGUAUGAGGGCAUUGACAUGCUAGUCCAUACGUACGAAGAGUCCCAUAAUUACCCUUUGAGCCACAUCGACUACAAGCGGCCGCCUCUCAUCUCGCCGAACGGAUUGAGUUCAAUGCCUGCCUGA